UCUUGGGCCCUCUCGCCCCGGGGCAGCUCCCCCACCCGUUUUCCCGCCUCUCCUUUCCUCUUUUCCCUAUUCCUCCUCCCAACGCGUAGCGGAAGUGACGCAGGGCGUGGCGGAAGUCCCUCCAGCCGCGGUGUUGUGCUGUGGGGAAGAGAGACGGAUUUGUAAACCCCGGAGCGAGGUUCUGCCUACCCGAGGCCGCUGCUGUGCGGAGACCCUGGGUGAAGCCACCGUCACCAUGUCUGACCAGGAGGCAAAACCUUCAACUGAGGACUUGGGGGAUAAGAAGGAAGGAGAAUACAUUAAACUCAAAGUCAUUGGACAGGAUAGCAGUGAGAUUCACUUCAAAGUGAAAAUGACAACACAUCUCAAGAAACUCAAAGAAUCAUACUGUCAAAGACAGGGAGUUCCAAUGAAUUCACUCAGGUUUCUCUUUGAAGGUCAGAGAAUUGCUGAUAAUCACACUCCAAAAGAACUGGGAAUGGAGGAGGAAGAUGUGAUUGAAGUUUAUCAGGAACAAACAGGGGGUCACUCAACGAUUUAGAUAUUCUUUUUAUUUUUUUUUCUUUUACCCUCAAUCCUUUUUUAUUUUUAAAAAUAGUUCUUUUGUAAUGUGGUGUUCGAAACGGAAUUGAAAACUGGCACCCCAUCUCUUUAAAACAUCUGGUAAUUUGAAUUCUAGUGCCCAUUAUUCAUUAUCACUUGUUUUCAUUGUGCUGAUUUUUGGUGAUCAAACCUCAGCCCUGUUCAUAUUAUCCUCUCCUUUUUAAAAAUUACAUGUGUGCACAGAGAGGCCACCUUUUCCAGGACUGUGCAUUUUCAGGCUUGUGAUAAAUAAGAUCGACCAAUGCGAGUGUUCAUGAUGACUUUCCAAUUGGCCCUGACGUUCUAGCAUGUGAUUGCUUCACUCCUGGACUGUGACUUUCAGUGGGAGAUGGAAGUUUUUCAGAGAACUGAACUGUGGAAAAAUGACCUUUCCUUAACUUGAAGCUACUUUUAAAAUUUGAGGGUCUGGACCAAAAGAAGAGAAAUAUCAGGCUGGAGUCGAGAUGACAGAGAUGGUGAGAGUAAUGACUAACUCCAAAGAUGGCUUCACUGAAGAGAAAGCAUUUUAAGAUAAAA